AUGCAAACUGACUUCCGUGAGUCUGCUUUUAGUCUUCAAACCAAAGAAAGUUAUGAUGGCCAAUGUGAUGAGAUUGAACAAGCCCCAAAUGAGAACAUAAGGAAGGAUCUUCAGACCACUUAUGGAAUUAAUAAGAGAAGUAUACUUUGCCAGCUCCCCACCUUUGAUGUGACGAAACAGCUUCCCCAAGACACCAUGCACACAUUAUUGGAAGGAACUGUUCAAUAUGAAAUUCGUCUAGUUCUACUCCAUUACGUCCAAUCGGGUACAACCACUUUGUCACAAAUCAAUGGUGCAAUUACCAGUCAUAGAUAUGGCUAUUCUGAGAUUAGUGACAAACCAGAUCCUCUCAGAGAAACUGUAUUCUUUGGCGAUGAGCGAUACAAGCUUAAAUACAAGGUUGCACAAGCAAGAAUGUUUCUGAGAUUAUUGCCAUUCAUCAUUGGUCCUUUGGUCGAUUCAGAAGAUCCAUACUACCUAUUCUUGGUGGAGCUUAUCCAUAUUGUUCAACUGGUUUUUUCCCCAGUUAUAAAGAUUGGCACUAUCCACUACUUGAAGCAGAUAAUUGAUGAGCACCUUUCUAAUUUCAAGAAGCUGUUUCCCAAUUCAAAUAUAUUGCCGAAACAUCACUAUUUGGUCCACAUCCCAUCUACUAUCCAGCAACUGGGGCCAAUGGUUCGUUCUGCUUGUUUUAGUUUCAAGUCUGCCCACAGUUACUUUAAAGUGGUAGCUAGAAAGCAGAAUUUUAAGAACUUGCCACUGUCUCUCGCUAAACGUAACCAGUUUAAAGAAUGCUGCAACUUUCGUGAUUCUAGUGAAAGCCCAAGCUCUCACCCACUGUCCUCAAGUGAAAAGUUAGAGUUUUAAAGAAAGUGGAUGCAGAAAGUUGUCAAUUCCUUCAGGAAAAAUUUGAUGUCUCUAGCUUGCUACCUGGUAUUAGUUUAGCUAAUGCUUGCAAAGUGAGUUGGGUGGAGCUUUAUGGAACCAAGUACAAGAAUGCGGAUGUACUUGCAGUUGAUGCCCAUGGAGAUCCCAUUUUUCCUGUGUUUGGUGUCAUAUCAAUGCAUAUGGUCAGUGAACAAUUACGUUUAUUUCGAAGUGGAGUUGCUGCAAGCUGUCUGUUUUGACUACCUUCACUAGGCCUACCAGGUGACAAAGCUUGAUGGUGGAGAGAGUUGUGGAAGGGUUUUCUCGUACGAAAGCAUAGUGGAUUAUAAUGUUUUCCAUAUCAAGAAAGACCAUUAUGGUAACCAGUAUGUUCCAGUUAAAUAUGACAUUGAUGAUCUUAUGGAAGACCAUGUGGAAGGAAGAAAUCCUCUGAUGACAUAA